CAUUUCCUGUUAAAACAUGGCCGCGACCUGACAAAUGUCACAUUAUAGCUUUUUUGCUAACCAACACGGUUAUACUUUGCUUGUUUUUGUACCUGUGCAACGAAUAACAAAGACACGAGCUCUAAGAAGUUUUCUUAGAUAAACCGCGUCAUUUGACUUUCAACUAAAGGUUAUCCGAGCGGACAUCAUGGUGCAUUUAUCAUCUCUCCUCCUGAAGAAGUACCACGGGGGCUUCGUUGUCAUCCGAAUUGCUUUUGCAGGCCACAAUCAAGCCAACAGACCCUUUUUUCGGAUCGUGGCAGCGUUCAACAAAAAACCAAGAGACGGUAAAUUCCUAGAGCAGUUGGGAAGCUACGACCCCCUCCCCAACAUCUACAACGAGAAACUUGUCGCUUUGAACUACGACCGGAUCAAGUACUGGAUCGGUUGUGGUGCGCACCCUACAAAACCAGUGUGCAAACUUCUAGGGUUGGCCGGAUUUUUCCCCCUGCACCCCAUGACAAUAACAGAGGCAGAGCGUCAAAAGGCCAAGAAAGAGCAGACAGAAAAACUAAGAGAAGCAGAGGAUUCUCCAGAAGAGGGACAGAAGGAGGCUGAAGCAUGAAAACACGAAAGGUUCAAAUAUGGGGCUGUCUGUCCAGUUCAAAAGGAAGUUAUUAUUUUCAGAAAGAACUGGUCAGUGGGUUUUCUCACAAUCACACUGCUGACAGCACCUAAUGAGGUGACGUGUCUCRUAGUUUGCUUCAGUAGUGUGAACAGCUCCUCUUCCACUUGUAAAAGUCUAGCAGUUUGGUAAUAAUUGUGGAAAUGUGAAAACAUAUUCAGGAUUGUUUCUGUUAUUUGGGCUUUAUUGAAGUUUUUUUAAAUAAACAUUUUCAUUUGCAAUUGACUCAU